CAUGCGUUGGCGGGACCCGCGCAGGUCCAGAGGCUGAGCGGCGCCCUGGGGCCGACCCCACCGGCUCCAACGCUGCUGCCUGCGCAGUUCGUCUGUCGAGCCGGAGGACGAGGUGAACCUCGCAGCCGCUGCUAUCUCCAGCGUUCAUCACAGGGUGUGGUGUCGAUCUGAAGAAUAUUUUGCUUUCAAAGGAGAGAUGUUGUCUCCAAAUGAUAAAAAGUUAGGAAAACUGGAUCCAUUUUAUCGACCUUCAGUGUCUAAGCAGAAGACCAGUGCAGAAAUCAUAAGUGAAGCACGAAAUGCAUUAAGAACGGUUAGAACCCAAAGACCAUUUACACCACAGGAAGACCAAAGAAAACUGUUCGGACCUGCAUCUUCACGAACAUCGGAAAAUAGACCUCCUUCCUCCUUCAGCCUCCAUGCAUCCAGUUUUGAGUCAUCUGAUUCCAGGUCUAUCUCUGGCGCACGUCUUAGUCCACUAGAGCUGAAACCGAAAGUUCCAGCAUCUCCCACCACAGAGGAGGAUUCCUGCUUUUCCUUUCCUAAGCCCCCAGUGGACGCUGCGAAGAUUAGAAGAAUAAGCAGUGCCAGGGCUCGCUUAUUCAGGGCUGCCUCCCAGGGGGCCCUUCUGCCGGACAGAUCCCUUCCUCCCUCUGACUCAAAGAAGACAGUGGAAUCCAAAGAAACAGUUAUGAUAGCAGACUCUCUGGUGAAAAUAAAUGGGAUUUAUUUAACAAAAUCAAAUACUAUUUGCCACUUAAAGAGUCACCCACUUCAGCUAACUUAUGAUGGAGGCUUCAAUGAAAUAAAGAAGCAAGAAAUGUUCAAAGGAACAACAUCCUUACCAUCUCAUCUCAAGAGUGGAGGGGACCAGGGGAAAAGACAUGCAAGGGCCUCAUCAUGCCCCAGCAGCUCAGACCUGAGCAGGCUGCAAACCAAAGCAGAAGAAAACAUUGAAACAGUUUGUGCUGCUUGCACACAGCUUCAUCACGCUUUAGAGGAAGGAAACAUGCUUGGAAAUAAAUUUAAGAAAAGAAGUAUUCUCCUGAAGACCCUAUAUAAACUAGUUGAUGUUGGUUCAGACUUGCUCAGCCUGAAACUUGCAAAAAUAAUUCUAGCACUUAAAGUGAGUAGAAAGAAUCUUCUUAAUGUCUGCAAACUUAUAUUUAAAAUUAGCAGGAAUGAGAAGAAUGAUUCUUUGAUUCAAAAUGACAGCAUUCUGGAAUCAUUAUUGGAGGUACUAAGAAGUGAAGACCUGGAAAUGAACAUGGAAGCUUUUUUAUACUGUAUGGGGUCUAUAAAGUUCAUUUCUGGAAAUCCAGGAUUUCUUAAUGAAAUGAUCAGCAAAGGUGCUGUGGAAAUACUGAUAAAUUUGGUAAAGCAAAUAAAUGAGAACACCAAGAAAUGUGGUACAUGUUUGCCUAAUUCGGGCCACUUGCUAGUUCAGGUGACUGCUACAUUGAGAAACUUGGUUGAUUCACCGUUAGUAAGAAGUAACUUCCUAAGCAUCAGUGCCCUUCCCCAGCUCUGCACGGUGAUGCAACAGUACAUGGGUGACAAGGACGUCUGUACCAAUAUUGCCAGAAUAUUCAGCAAACUUACUUCUUACCGUGACUGCUGUGGAGCCUUGGCCAGCUAUUCCAGAUGUUAUGCCUUGUUUUUGAAUCUAAUUAACACAUACCAGAAGGAGCAGGAUAUAGUCGUUCGUGUUGUUUUUAUUCUUGGCAACCUGACUGCGAAGAAUAACCAGGCUCGUGAACAAUUUUCCAAAGAGAAAGGGAGCAUCCAAACUCUGCUGUCAUUAUUCCAGACUUUCCAUCAGCUCGAUCUGCAUUCCCAAAAACCGGUGGGCCAAGGAGGCGAGCUGUACAGGGCGCAGAGGCUGCCGUCAGAGGCAGAGGACGUGCUCAUCAAGCUGACCCGUGUGCUCGCCAACAUUGCCAUCCACCCUGGCAUGGGCCCGGUGCUGGCCACCAACCCAGGGAUAGUGGGCCUGCUCCUGACCACGCUGGAAUACAAGUCACUUGAUGAUUGUGAGGAGCUGGUGAUCAAUGCUACAGCGACAAUCAACAAUUUAUCUUACUACCAAGUGAAGAAUUCCAUAAUUCAAGACAAAAAGCUUUAUAUUGCAGAAUUGCUCUUAAAGCUUCUUGUCAGUAACAACAUGGAUGGAAUCCUGGAGGCUGUGCGCGUUUUUGGAAAUCUCUCCCAGGACCGCGAUGUCUGUGAUUUCAUUGUGCAGAACAAUGUACACAAGUUCAUGAUGGCACUGCUGGAUGCUCGGCAUCAGGAUAUCUGCUUUUCUGCCUGUGGUGUUCUCCUCAAUCUCACUGUGGAUAAAGACAAGCGUGUCAUCCUCAAAGAAGGAGGUGGCAUUAAAAAGUUGGUGGAUUGUUUAAGAGAUUUUGGUCCUAUGGACUGGCAGCUGGCCUGCUUGGUUUGUAAAACUUUGUGGAACUUCAGUGAAAACAUCACUAAUGCUUCGUCAUGUUUUGGAAAUGAAGACACCAACACACUCUUACUCCUGCUGUCAUCAUUUUUAGAUGAAGAACUAGCACUGGAUGGCAGUUUUGAUCCAGACCUAAAAAACUACCACAAACUCCACUGGGAAACAGAAUUCAAACCUGUGGCACAGCAGCUUCUAAACCGAAUUCAGAGACAUCACACCUUCCUGGAACCCCUGCCUGUUCCCUCUUUCUAACACGAUGCAGAUUAACAGUAGAAACAGGAAGUCACGUCUCCCUCAUUCUUAAGAACUGGUAACAAAUGUGAUUACUUUUUUCAGCAUUAACACAUAUGGAAAAUUUUUCAAGAACUGCUUUUAGUGAGUAGCCAAAGUAUUUUUUUAAAAAAUAAGCAUUUAUUCUUGUUAGGGUAUUAUGGAAAAAUGAAUAUACAUGUUAUAUUUCCUGUUAAGAGAAAUGUAAGAUGAAAAUAUACGCAUUUUUAAGUAAAUGACUUUUUCUUCUAUUCUCUAUUAAAUAAUUUAGUUCUAGUCUUAAAAUCUUGAUUUAGCAGUUUUGGAAUUAAAGUGUUCGUUAAAUGAACUGAGCAGUAAAGGCUGUUCGAUUAUGAAGAAGGGUAGUCAGCGUGAAUGGAACACAUUACAACAUAGGAUCUGUGUUAAUUCUUACCGCAUCAAAUAAUAAAUGUUCUCUCUAAGUACCAGUAUUUUUCUGGUCCUCAUAGUAAAGAGAAUGAGUAAGCAGAAAAUCAUAGAGAAAACUGCUUUGGGCCAUCUAUUCUUUAUUAAAUAAGUAAAAUAGAUUAAAACAAGAGUAUCUUUUCAUUUGAAAUAAAAUGACUGGACUAAGUCCUCUGAAUUGUAACUCUCUGUGUUUGGCAGGUGAUGUAAUGCAUUCGAAAGCAUGUAGGCCUAGGUGAAUGGUAGACCUGAGCCUGAAUCCUUGCUCUCCCCUGCAAGCUGUGUGGGCCUAGAACAAACAAGUAACUUAAUUUCUGGAGCUUCAACUGUAAAAUGGGAAUCAUAUCUAUUUUACUGUAGUGUAGUUUAGAACAAACUAUUAAAUGGGCAAAUGGCGCAUCCAGUGUAUGAUGUGGAGUGGAUGCUCAAGAACAUGAUGAUGGCAAGCACUUUAUUAGCUUGCUGUGCUUUGUAGGAUGAGUUUGGCCUUUGAAUAAAUGAUUAAAAAACAAAAAAUUGAGAUUACUAUUGUUAUCCUA